AUGCCUGCAAUCACCACUUUCCUUCGUCUUUCUGCUCUCGUCGGUGCAGCACUCGCGCUACCGAGCGACGUGAAGCGCACGACGUGCACGGUCAACAGCGUGGCGAGCUCGACCCAACUGAGCGGUGCUCGGACGUCGUCAUCCAGGGCUUCACGGUGCCUGCGGGUAACACGAUCACGAUCGCUGUACGCGUCGCUUUGGUCCCUGAUCUCGACUCGAAUCCUCUCGGCUGACGCACGAUUGUACCAGGCUGCACAGGGCGCGACGGUGACCUUGGCCGGCGAUGUCGUCUUCGCGAAGACGACGACCGCUGGUCCUCUCUUGACCUUCAACACCCCCGCGAUCAACUUCAACGGAGGAAACCACACGAUCGACGGCAACGAGACGCGGAGGUCUCAAUUCGCGCGCGCUAGGUUCAAGGGCUACGGCACAUUCGAGCAGUUCACCGUUCUCAACUCGCCGGCCCAAGCGAUUUCUGUCGGGACCACUGGCGGCCAAACCAACAUCUCCCAAGUCAUCGUCGACAACUCUCUGGGUGAUUCCAAGGGCGGCCACAACACCGACGGAUUCGACGUGAGCGCCAACGACGUCACGAUCUCGUCCUCGACGGUCAAGAACCAGGACGACUGCCUCGCGCUCAACGCGGGGAGCAACAUCGUCUUCGAGGACAACACCUGCGCCAACGGCCACGGCAUCUCGAUCGGCUCGAUCGCUACGGGCAAGAGCGUGACGAACUUCCAGGCGCUGCGCAACACGGUGACGAACAGCUUCAACACUUUGACUGGGAUCACAUCGUACGGAGUCUUGAUCACGCAGAGCUACCCCGCCAACAACGGCACGCCGGGGUACCGGUGGACCGAUCUCCGACGUCCGCUUCACCGGCUCGCCGACGACGGUGUCUGGAACCAGCAACGCAUACGGGCUGGUCGUCGACUGCGGUGCCUGCACGGCACCUGGGACUUUUCCGGCCUCCAGAUCCUCUCUGCGGGCAAGGGCCACACCCUCGCUCUCGACCGAGCAACGGGGCCCAUCAGAAAAGGGGAGGCUGUGCAGAUGUCUGUCAUUCGAAACCAGAUGGCCAAGCCUCACGGAGAACGCGGAGAAGGAGCCCAGAGGCUGCAGAGCCACGAUUUCGCGAGCGAUAGCGCAGGAGGAUCUGCCAGUCGAGUAUCUGGAGAAUUGGCACGGCUCGAACCAGGCUCCCUGGUCCCAUCUGAUUCUGAAAAGCCUGCGUUGCGCACCCUGACUUUCUGGCGCACUGGCUUUACAGUGGGAGACGCUGGGUCACUGAUGCGCUACGAUGAGCCGGCCAAUGCGAGCUUGCUGGCCGCCAUCAACGCAGGAAAAGCUCCACCGGCGCUGUUCGAUGUGCGACCCGGUCAGCCACUGGAAGUGCGCGUGUCAGACAGAACCCGGAAGAAUACGAGUUCAGGGCAGGUCACGGAGCACAACAGUGGUCUCCGGCAUCGUAAGCCAGGGGCAGAGAUGGACGCGUCGUGAUGCAUGAAUCCACUGUCGAACGUGCUGCAGAGCCAGAUUAGGGGUCAAAUCAUGGAUUUCGAGUGGUUUUUGCAUCUGAAAGCCCCAAAAGAUUGACAAAAGCAAAGAUGAAUUAAGACUGAGGAUGGCAUU